AUGUCUAUACAGUCUAUGUUGGGAGCACAUUCGCUCGUUGCUGCUGGCAUCGGAAUUGGCGACGUUGUCACCUUAUGUACGCUUUCUUCGAGAGUAGGCAACUGGCUCUCAGCUGAGUCAGGCGACCAAACUCUUCUAAACCUUCUCGAGGAAGACGAGACGAGCAUUCUUAGACGAAAGGGUGUCAUCGACAUCAUGCGCUUCCAAAGCCGGUGGGGACGUCGUCUCAGACUUCUGCAAAAUGGUGUGCCCAAGAGAAUAGAAGGCGACACGGUUGAAAAGCUGCUCAAGAGCUCGUCUCGUUUCACUGCCAUGAUGACAUGCAUUGUCGCAGCACUGGACGCAUUCACGACGGACUCUACAGUCCGAUACAUCAUGAAGAUUUUCCUCCAGCGCUUGAUACCAACGUCAGAUAUCAACGAAGACGCUAUUGUCUCACAGCUGACAACACGUAUCAACUCUUGGAGGAGCUCUGGCGCGUCCGGAACUCUCUACUCGACAAAGGGCUGA